AUGGCACGAACACAGAUGGACACCAUCAUCUUUUCCGCCAUUGUCUUCAUGUUGCUUUUCGUGACCACGACGGCUCAAGCCAGUGGAUCUGGUGGUGCCAAGCCCAAGGCGACCGACCUCAUGAUAGAAGCGUGCAAGAACGCCACAUUAAACAACGCAUAUGCGGAUCCUGUCAGAGAGGAAUUCUGUUUAACGACCCUCCAGUCAGACAAUCGAAGCGCUGAGGCUAAGGACCUCCGUGACUUGCUGCAAGUCACCGUCGACAUCCUUAGGGGUCGAGUCACUACUACCAGCAGCAAGGUCAAGAAAAUGUUGGAAAACACCAAGAAGGGCACGGUGCCAAUGCGCAUCCUCAGUUUGUGUGAGGUGGAUUAUGACACCAUGGUGAGUGUCAUCAACAUAUGUGAUGCCAUUAUCAGGGAUUACCAACGUGACGAGGGCAGGCAAUGGUCCAAAGAGCUAGUCCGUUGGAUGGAUAUGGCACGUGAUCAUGUCAAUGAGUGCAUCUCUGAGCUUGUUGACAUGCCUGCAGUGGGGGCUCUUGUCAAUAAAAACAAUGAAUUGGAAAUGCUGGUUAAACUGAACACCGCCUUGGUAGCAGCCCGUAUGUUUCCCGAGUAA